UUGGCAAAAAGGCUAAACUAACCUCAUUGUAGUCUGAGGCGUGAUUGUGCUAUAGUUGUGUAUUAGUUUAUUUCCAUCUGUUAAACUUUUUAAAAUGAGUGUGAUUACCAUAACUAAUGAUAAUCAGUUUCAAACUCAAUUGUCCUCCAAUGCGUCCAAGCUGAUUGUUGUUGAUUUUACAGCAUCCUGGUGUGGACCUUGCUUGAGAAUGGCUCCUGUCUUCGAGCAGCUGUCCAGGAUGUACAAUCACGCUGUGUUCCUUAAAGUUGAUGUGGAUGUUUGCCAAGAGACUGCUGCUGCACAGGGAGUCUCAUCCAUGCCAACCUUCAUAUUUUUUAGAAAUAGGACAAGAAUUGACCGUAUGUCUGGUGCUGACCCAACAUUACUAGAAGAAAAAAUCAGACAGUAUUACAAUACUGGACUGGAGAAUGAGGAGGAAUCGACCCCCAAUGCUCAGGGACAUAUGGACUUGACACCGUUCAUCAUGUCCAAGCAGUGUGAAGCCCUGAAUGAGUCCAACACUCACCCCUUGAGUAACUGUCUGCAAGGAGAUGACAACUUUCUGGAGUCUUCCUGUGAUAACCAACUGAUUAUCUCUAUUGCCUUCUCCCAAGCUGUGAAGAUCCACUCGAUUAGAUUUAAAGCUCCAGCAAGUAAUGGUCCUAAAACUGUGAAGCUUUUCAUAAAUCAACCCAACACACUUGACUUUGAUGAAGCUACCAACAACGUCCCGACCCAGAUACUCGAAGUGAAUCCAAAUGAUUUGUCAGCCGGGAAUGCAAUCAACCUUCGGUUUGUCAAGUUUCAGAAUGUUCAAAACAUUCAAAUAUUUGUGCAAGACAAUCAAGAUGGUUCUGAUGUGACAAGGAUCGACCACCUUCAGCUCAUCGGGUCUCCCAUCGUGACCACCAAUAUGAGUGACUUCAAGCGAGUGGCCGGCAAGAAAGGCGAACUUCAUUACUAAAAAUGUUUUUUCUGAGACAAACUAAUUUCAGGAGGUGUGCAGCAAUUUUUUCACUACAUUAAAUCAAAUGAUAUUUAUUUUUAACAGUUUUGUCCGUAUGCUUAGUUUACUGAAUUCUUCAUAACUGCCAAUGUUUGGGUGUAUUAAAACUAUGAAAUCGAACCAGAAAAACUCUCCUUAAUGGGUUACUGCUGAUUGGUGACUGUCAUGUUGAACAACAUGGCCAUGCAUUGAUAUUUUAUUAAUACUAGUGGCUUUCUCAGAGUCUGGAAUAGAAAGACAGCACAGUUCAAGUUAAGACUAACACCAACGUUUGUAUGAAUAUGCAAGAGUCAGAAUAAGUAUCUAAUCUAAUUUUAUUAGUAUGCACAGUUUUGGUGUAACCAUUACUUGUGUUAUGUAUCACUCUACUCUUCCCAGAUGCUACUGGUCAUUGUUCAAUUGAAAGUCAUUAUCAGUGAGCCCAUUGAGAGGUAGCCUGCUGGUCUGUGUUUAAACUUUUCUGUUAUUGUGUUGACCUGUAAUACAAUAGCACAUUCGUGAUAUGUUUUUGGGAUAAUAUUAUAUUUCAUGGCAGAGGGGGAUGGUGGAAAGUUAUGAAAUGUUCAGUUUGAUUUACUACUUAAGUGAUUAGUAACCUUGUUCCUUUUUUGUAAAUUGUUUAUCUAUUUUUGUCAGACAGCCUCUCCGCCCCUCCAGUGUAUUUCUGCCACUAUCAUUUCUUGUUUGUGAAUGCUUCAGUUAAUAUUUUGGAAAUUAUUGACUUUCAUAAAGCUGCUUAAUUAAAUUAUCAUUGGGAUCUAUUAAAACCUAAAAACAAAUGUUAUUGUUUCCUUCUCAGAUUUUGUUUGUUUGAGAAUUGUAUAUAUUGUAUUAAAUCAAGAAACAUUUAUUUUAUUUAGUACGUUUGAGUUUUAAAUAAUUUAAUUACAAGUGAGGGUAGUUCAAAAGUGUGAUGUACUGCUUGGCAUUUUUUUCUGAGGCUAAACACCUGUUAUAAUAUUUAAUUAAAUUUUUUAGAUCAGAUUACAAAUGUAAUGUCAGUUAAUUAACCCUGAAGUUGGCAGUGAUUCAGUUUUCAACAAGUAGACUGCCGGUCGCUGUAACGAUAGUCAUUAAAAAUUGGACAAAACAGCUGUUAUUUGUGAUAGCUUGUAGUUGCCGCUCUCGCAUACCAGCUUAGUUUACAAUUACUAUGUCCUUCAUUUUAUUCAGUAAAACAUUUAUUUCUGAACAAAUCUGAACUCAAUUGAAUUGUAGAGAUACUUUAAAACAGGAGUCUCCAACCUAUGGCCCGCGGGCCACAUCCGGCUACCAUACUGAAAAAAUAUUUUAAUUUUAUAUUAUGUUUCCUUUUAAGCAUUUGACCUCGUGGCACCUAUUAACCUUCUGAACUUGAAACUGCAAAGUGAAAACUGACUAUCUGCCCUAAAUCAUGUCUGGCCCGCCUUUCCUCAAAAAAUUUACAAUGUGGCCCUUCAGUAAAGAAAGUUGGAGACCCCUGCUUUAGAAUAAGUGCUCUUAAACUGACCAAAGAUAGCCUGCCACUACAGGGGUUUCAGCUGCCAGCUCCAGGGUAAAGAAAGACCCCAUAUGAAAAAACCAAAGAUCUUUUUAAUACAAAAUAUAAAUUUGUUCUUUUAGUUAGUAGUGAUAAUUGCCUCCAAAUAUCUGCACACCGUUUUGAUUUUAUUUGUGAUAUAAUUUGUUCCUUUGUUCUCACAAUAAAAUAAGACAUGGGGGCUUUAAAAGUUUUAAUUCUUGAUGAAAUGAACAUUUCAACUAACCAAAAGCGUACAUUUGAUAAACUGCAAUUUGACAAACAUUCCCGUUUGAUUUUUUAAUAUUUAUAUGUACAAAUUUCUAAAAGUAUCAAAUUGUUUAGUAGCUGUUCAAUAUUAUGUGUACUUUAUUGCUGUUUAUGAAUAAAUCAAAUCAGGCUAAA